GUCAAAUACAUUGUGUGAUUGCAGUUUACGUUGUACAUAAAUAUAUAUCUGUAAAUAGGAAUAUAGGGUUUCAUAUUUAAUCGUAGUGAUUGUGUGGUGAAUAAAGUGAUAUCGUUUAGUUUCAAUAAUAAAAUAAAAUGAAUCCGAAUGAUGAAGAUUCUUGGUUUAGUCAGUGGGAGCAGCAAUGUGAAACACAAGGGCCAGAUUUAGAUCAAGAAUACGCAAAUGAACAAGAAUCUUGUAGGACAUUUUUAUUUGGUCAUUUUCAGGAAUCUGCGGGGGCUAUAGGACACUUAUAUGCAGAGAAAAGAUUGCCAGAAGUUGAUGAUCCUAGUGCUUUAUGGACUGCCUUUCGUCUAGCUGCAGAAUCAGUGACUGGAUUAUAUCGGGCUUCCGUAGAAAGUUUGAAACGAUCAGGCGAAGCAGGUAUAUCCAUGGGCCAUGCACGUCGUUCACGAGAAUUAAUUGGAUGGGUGAGAAAACAUAGAAGACCACAUAUACGAAAAGACGAUUUGUUAGCAUAUCUUACGGGUAAACCACUUCCACCUCCUCAUGCGAGGUCUUUUCACAGAACUUCGCCACGAUCAUGGAACAUAUCACCUACUCCAGUUACUGUGGACACAGAAUCAAAUUUAGACAUGUUUAAUGAAGCAUUAGCAACAACCCAAUUAACUACAACAACAAUUCCUAGACAAACAGGUCGAUCACCACAACGAGCCGUACCAUCAGCAACGGGUGAACUAUGUGCAUUCAUUGCAUCAGAAAUAGCUCGUCAUCGUAAACGACCAGCUCCUAGUUCUAGUCCAGCGGAUGUAACAAUGGACAGUCCUACUCACCAUAAUUCAAAACGACAACGUUACAUACAUUGAAAGCCAGAAAGUAGUAUUAAUUCUGUAAUGAAGUUCUUAUAUGAAUGGUUUGCAAAGAAUAUUACAACUAUACCAAGAAUGGAAACGGUCAUCAGCUUAUAUGUUAUUUGCAAAGAAUAUUACAACUAUAUCAAGAAUGGAAACGGUCAUUAGCUUAUGUGCCUAAUAUGCCAUUUUUGGAUUUCUAUAAACCCACAUACAAAUAAUUUUUAAAUUAAUGUGCCAUAGCAUUUUUUAAAAUAUGAACAAACAGUAAAAUUACAUAUAUAAGGCUCAUUCCAUCUACAUAUUUCAGUACACGGGCAGCCACACCGGUUUAGGGAUAUCUCUUAGCUAUUUCUAUGCAAAUGCCGGAAGAGUACUGAGAUGUCGGGCCAUCACUUUGUGAACGUAUAUAUUGCUCUUAAGUUGACCAAUAUAUUUUUGUUUCCAUAUCUGAUUUAGUUGUAAUUUUUUUGAAGGGUUAUUUUAAGAAAAAAUGAUUUGACUUACUUACGAAUAGGUUGCACUAGUGUAAUCAAAACUCGGGUUUGAUUAAUUUUUGCUUAAUAUAAGUUUAAAAUACCUGUGAUUGCUUACAAAUUAAAAACCUGUUAUUUUAAUCUUUGAAUAACACAGCAAAAUUUCCUUACAAUUUUUAUAAACCGUUUAAAUGCACCAAAAAUAAAAAAAAUUAAUUUUCAGAAAAUACUUCUAUUGAUAGUUUUCUUCGUUGUAUUGAAGUUGUCUUCAAUCAGUUUUUUAGUAACAAAUAUGGUUAAUUUUGAGAACCAAAAUUGAAUUUAUUUUGCAGGAAAAGAAGAUAUUAAAAUUCGAAAAUCUGACUGUUAAAUUCAUUCAAAAGCAAAUUUUUCCAUCCAGAAUUUAUUAAUUUUUCGAAAAUUGUUUAACGCUAAACAAAUCAAAAUU